CGCUGUAAUAUUUUCCAUUUUUAAGAUGCAUUUUGUUAAAACGAACAUUUGUCUCCUUCACACUUUCUUCCUCUUCGUCAUUAUCACCAUCAUUUUGCUGUCUGUAGCUGAAUUUUGAUCAUGAAAUUCGAAUGAAAAUAUCAUCACAAAUACUUAAGAAUUCAUAUAUUUCUUAUAAACGAAGAUAAUUCGGAGAUUUUUUUCUUGUUUGUGAAAAUAUGAUUCUUUUAAUUAUGAAAUUUGCGUGAUUUUUAAGGAUUAGGUUUUCAAUUUCAUGGUGUAUAUAUAGAUAUAUAGAGAGAGAGUAUCAUGAUGACGGCGAAUCCACGGCCACUGCAGGCGCGUCUGUACGAAGAUCACGCGCCGUUACAGUCGAUACAGAUGGAGGAGGAGGAGGAGGAUGACGACGGCACGUAUGAGGAUGAUGGAGGUGAAGAAACUAUGGAUGAGGCGGAGGAAAUACGAACGAAGGUUUUAAAUCACCAUCAAUAUGGGGGAGGUGGUGGAGUUGUGGAAGUUUCUAGAAGUAGUGAGCUUACUCUUGCUUUUGAAGGUGAAGUGUAUGUUUUCCCAGCAGUCACUCCUGAGAAGGUGCAAGCAGUGCUCUUGCUAUUGGGGGGAUGUGACAUUCCUACUGCUGUGCCCACUGUUGAAGUUCCUUUCGACAACAAGGUUGAGGAUUUUCCAAAGCAAGUUAAUCUUUCAAGAAGAUUUGCCUCCUUGGUUAGAUUCCGAGAGAAGCGAAAGGAGAGAUGUUUUGACAAGAAAAUUAGAUAUAGUGUCAGGAAGGAGGUUGCUCAAAGGAUGCAUCGGAAGAAUGGUCAAUUUGCAUCUUUGAAAGCAAGUUCUGGAUCUUCUAACUGCGACUCAGCCAAGAGUAGCCUUGAAGGAGAUGGCACUCAACUUUCUGAAACUGUUCCUGGAAAGUGUCACCAUUGUGGUGUGAGUGAAAAUUGUACGCCAGCAAUGCGCCGCGGGCCAGAUGGACCAAGGACACUCUGCAAUGCAUGUGGACUAAAGUGGGCAAACAAGGGAACAUUGAGAGAUCUAAGCAAGGGAUCGAGGAAAUUAUCUGUUGAACCAAAAGAACUGGGAAAUCCUGACAAUCCCACGAAGGCAUUUGCUGAAGGAUGUCUUGAUCAUUGUGCUGAUGUAGAAAAGAAUCUAUUCAGCGCUAGGAGCAAUCUUGCAAAUGAGAUACCUGUGGGUAUCAUUAGUCCUUCUAGUGAUCUUGUUGAGCAGGAAACUCUAGUUGAUAUUGGAAAUGCUUCCAAAACUGAAAUUGACAUUCCUGCAAAUUUUGACUAGUUGACAGCCUGUAAUUAUUGUUGUAACAUACCCCGAUUGCAGUGACAUCUCCUUUUCCAGAGAGAUUUUACCAUUUCAAACUAACCCUGUUAAUUUGGAAUGGAUGCAAGAAGUGUUGAUGCUUGUAAAUGAGUAAGUAAUACUAUUGGUGCCUAGCCAAUUCAUACUAGUGUGAUUAAUUGCUUCCUGUACAUCAUGAGCUAGUCGGAAUUCUACACCUUCGUUGUAUAUAUAGUUUCACUCUGUGUACAGUAUAGUUUAACAGCUUUGCUAAUCUGAUGAUCUCAUGUUUCUUUCAAAAUCCUUUCUUAAUUGAAUGGUUUUACUUGGUA